AUGGUAUGCGGCCAAAAGUAUCUUCAGUUGGGAGUAGAUCAAGAGAGAAAACCUGUUUGGAAAGAAGGGAUUAUUUCAGAGAGGCGCGAUGGAUAUUAUUUUGGUACUUCGCAAGGAGGAUAUGGCGAUUCGGGUUCUGGUAUCUUCGAUAUGGGCGGUCGCUUCAUCGGAAGCUUAGUAGCGAAGACGGAUUUUGCUUUGUCGGAUCCCAAAAUUGAUGAUGGAGGAUUGGCUGAUCACCAUCCUGAGACGAGAAUGAUUUCAUCGAUUCUUAUUUUUGGCCAUCUUCGUUGGGAUGAUGAUCCAAAUGAAAAGUUUUCGCCUACUGAAACGAAGCAGGCAGCC